ACGUUUUACGUAAAGCGGUUACGUCAGCGUCGGUGUGACGGCAGGCAUGAGGCGCACGCUCCGUUUGUUUUGUGCACGUCCUCCGUCUCGUGACUCUCUGCUGUCCGCGGGUCGCCGAACCGUGCACGCGCUGAUUUUACACCGGAAAUCAACGAGCGACCGCGCGAGCAUGGACCUGAGCUGCAUGAGGAAGGAGUACAGAGGAGAGGAGCAGAGCUUCGAGGAGAGUCAGCUUGUGUCUCUGGACCCGAUCAAACAAUUUGGAAACUGGUUCGACGAAGCCGCAAAGUGUCCUAAGAUCUCCGAGCCGAAUGCGAUGUGCAUCGCCACCGCCACCAAAGACGGACGUCCGUCUGCUCGCAUGGUCCUCCUGAAAGGUUACAGCAACGAAGGUUUCCGCUUUUUUACAAACUACGAGAGCCGAAAGGGUUCAGAGCUGGACAGUAACCCAUAUGCAUCUCUGGUCUUCUACUGGGAACCUCUUUACAGACAGAUUCGUAUCGAGGGCCACGUGGAGCGGCUCCCUACCGAGACCUCUAUCGAAUACUUCCACUCCCGACCAAAGAGCAGCCAGAUCGGGGCUGUCGUGAGCCGACAGAGCACUCCGGUUCCUAACAGAGAUUAUCUAAGGCAGAGAAAUGCAGAACUGGAAGAGAAGUACAAGGACACAGAGGUGCCCAUGCCUGACUACUGGGGCGGCUACGUCGUCAAGCCUCACAUGAUCGAGUUCUGGCAGGGUCAGACAGUCAGACUUCACGACCGCAUCGUCUUCACCAAGCCGAAGGACGGAGAGUCGGAGCUGGGAGAGUUUCAGCACGCCGCAGAGGGAGGCUGGGUGUACCAGCGGCUGUCCCCGUGAGAAGCUCCUCGCCGUAUGCAGGGAAGGAAACGCUCAUCUCUAAUUUGACCUCAUCAUUAAUAAAAACGCUGCUUCUUGAAGCUCAUCUAUAGGCACUGAUGGAAACGGUGACCGAUUUAACAACAAGCCAAACAUCACCGUGUUGUCUUUGAACCUAACUAUGAUAAGUUUGUACGUUUCAGUGUUUUCAGUGACAUUUUCAGACUGUACUGUACUGAACGACUUAUUUUUCUAUCAUUCAUGAAGUGAAAGUACACUGAGCGGCACAGGAGAGCAAAGUCCACCUGGUCCCGUCAAAUGAUUGACAGUAACGUUGUUGAAUUGUGUUUUAGUUCUUGUACCACUGAACCACAAAUGUUCCUCGUUGAUGCAGCUUCACGUGGUUCGUUUCUGUGUUUAAAUAAUUAAUAUUUUACAGAUCUAUAAUCACCUUUUAAGUUCCAUAAAGUUUAACUGAACUACAGUAAGUCAUUUUGUACUUAUUACAGGUAAAAUGGAGACAGACACAGUUAAUAAAGGCACACUGACAUUUCAAGGAGUGAGGAUUAUUAUGAAAUCGACAUAAGCCACAGAAAACAAGCAGAUUUUGUAAAUAAUACUGACUCACAGCGACAUAAUUAUGCAUGGAUUAAUUAACAUAAAUCUUGCACAACACUACAGGAAAGGUGGAUUUAGGAGCUGCACUACACCACUCAUCUGUUAUUGGUGAGUUUAUUCUACAUUUCUGUUUGACCGUUGACAAAGUUCGUCUGAACACUGUCUUCAUUUUCCUCAUAAUUAGUACUUGAUUACAUGCCCUGAACCUUAUGAAUCCAUAGUUACAUAUCAGUCAGCUGACUGAAAUCCUCUAUGACGUGACUGUAGCAGUCUUAAAUCAAGACUUUUAAUAAUGAGGUUAAAAGAGCCGAUGAUGAUUUGAACUGUGCCAACUGUCAUGUGUGAUGUAUGUUUGUUGCUUUCUAAAUGUUAUUUUGUGGAAUAGAUCCAGUAAUAAAGUUUAAUUUGUAACCGAG